AUAAUUUUAAAUUGCAGGUGAAGAGAAAGAGAAAAUUUACAGUAUGAUGUGAAAAUAUCCACUCCAUUUAAUCUUCAAAGUGAAGAUAUAACUAUAGAAGACCCUGCUCCCAUCUUCAGUGUUUGGACUGGCCUACAGAACAAUAAAAACAAUAAAAAUGGUAUUGAAAGAGCAAAUGAUCAUCUUGGCCUUUCUCACCCUAAGAGAAUAGCAACUGAAUUUAGAAAAGAAUGCGAAGAAACUAUGAAAAAUGGAAGUGUGAGCUUGAAUAAAUUGAAACACGUUUCUGCCAACUCUCAUAGAGAUGAUGAAGAAAAGCCACCCAAAAGAGGUGAAGGGAAGCAAGGAGAAAAAUCGCACGGUUUGGAAAUUUUGAAUCCAGUUCGACUGCGAGUUGAAAAUGCAGCAGUAGAGAACUCUACUCCAGUUAGCACUAUUUGGACAGGCUUACAGUACAAAAGUAGUAGUAAUAACACUGAUGAUGGCACUGAAAACCUGAAAGUAAUGGAGCAAGCACAUAAUUAUUCUAAUCUCUCUCAUUUUGAUGAAGAAAAUGAAAUUACAAAAGAAGAGUUCUACGAAGAAGAAGAAACUGAAAUAAAUUUAGAAAAAAAGUUGAAUAUUGUGGAACAGCCUGUUUUUUGUAACUCUCAUAAAGAUAAAAAGUCAUCAAAACAAGGUGAAAAGAAGCAAGGAGAAAUAUCUCAUGAUUUGGGAUUUUCUAGUCCAGUUCAAUCUCAAGUUUAUUUUAAAAAUAGAGUUAAGGCAAACUCUGCUCCAGCUCUUACUGUUUGGACUGGCCAGUGCAUUAAUAGAACUAAUAACAGUGAUGGUGGUAUUAAAAACCUGAAAGUAGAGGAGGCAGAUUAUUCCGAUAUCUCACACUUUGAUGGAGCAGAAUGUGAAUUUACAAAAGAAGAGUUCUCUGAAGAAGAAACUAAUAAAAAUGUUGAUACAAAUUGGAGUAAGAUGGAGCAUCAUGUUUUUCCUAACUCUGAAGAUAAUGAAAAGUCACCAAAACAAGGUGAAAAGCAAGGAGAAAAAUUUCCAUGUAGUUUGGAAAUUUCUAAUCCAGUUAACCCAAAAGUAGAAAAUACAGCUAUGGAAGAUGCAGCUACCACCAUCACUGUUUGGACUGGCUUACAGUGCAGCAAUAAUGAGUGAUGGUGUUAUUGACAGUGAAAAAUAAAAGUAAUGGUGAAAGCAGAGGAUCAUUCUGGCCUUUCUCAAUUUAAUAAGUUGGAAUGUGCAUUUAAAAGUUAUCUGAAGAAAGAAUUGUAAAAUAUGUAGAUACAAGCUGGAGUAAGUUGGAGCAUCAAUUUUUUACUAAGAGUCUUAAAUGCAGUGAAGCAAAAAUCAGCUUAGGAAAAGAGUAUUUUUAUUUUCAGAGCCCUUAGAGUGUGCAAUGCUAAGUCCUUGAACGAUGAGCUUGCCUACAUAACUAUUGGUAAAGCCUUCAGAUCCCUAAAAUUGUCAAACAACAUGAACACUUGCCAACUUGAGGCCACUAGCCUCCAAAUACAUAAAGUUGAGAAAGACACCUCAACAGGGUUUUCCUUGCUGAUGAUGAGUGGACAGCCUUUACUCAAGCCUUAAUCUUGCGGAAGAUGAGAUGGGUUUCCAGUUGCCACAAAAACUCUCAGGGACUUCACAGGACCUAAACUAAAUGAUGGACUAGCAUUCCACAUGUGUGCAGCAUCCUUGCAAAAGGCUGCAACAAAGUAUAUUGGGAAAACUGGGAGAAACCCAAAGACUUCCAUUGGCAAACACCUGUCAUAUCAACAAAAUUGCUUGUGUAGUACACAAGAACACAAUCUUGCAUCUUGUGGACCAGGAAGGGGCUGACUUUGUCAGUUGAAGAGAGCCCAAGAGCAGAGAGGCUUUCAGUUUAGCAGUGUCUCCUCACUUGUAUCAUACUCACAAAUAGGAACAAACCUCAGGCUAACACACUUGUACAACUCAAGCCGUGUAUCAACAUUCUCAGGAAGCUGAGAACUGCAGUAGGCCUACCAGCCCUUCCACACUUGAAUGCACUGGCCACUUCACCUUCACCUGACCAACUUACCUCCUCUACCAUAUGAGAAUGUCUUUGAUUUUCUUUAUUCACUCAAGAAAGCUUACUACAAGUGAAAGAAGCAUUGUGUACUUUUAUAAUUAAACGUCCUUCUGUUUA